UGAAUUCGAAAGAAUGGCACGUACCAAACAAACCGCUCGCAUGUCCACGGGUGGCAAGGCCCCUCGCAAGCGGCUUGCUACCAAAGCUGCUUGUAAGUCGGCCCCUGCCACCGGAGGUGUGAAGAAACCUCAUCGUUACAGGCCCAGUACCGUGGCUCUGCGUGAGAUCCGUCGUUAUCCGUCGUUUGAGACCCGCACGUUGUCGUUCAAACACCUUGUUCGUGAGAUUGCAAAAGACUUCAAGACCGACUUGCGGUUCCAGAGCUCUGCCGUAAUGACUCUGCAGAAGUCUUGCGUCAUGGUUCUGUAUGAGGCAUACCUCGUGGGUCUGCUUGAGGACAUCAGCCUAUGCCCCUUCAACGCCAAGCGUUUGACGAUUAUGCCCAAGGACAUCCAGUUGGCAAGAUGUAUCCGUGGAGAGCGUGCCGUAUCACAUUCUGAAUUCGAAAGAAUGGCACGUACCAAACAAACCGCUCGCAUGUCCACGGGUGGCAAGGCCCCUCGCAAGCGGCUUGCUACCAAAGCUGCUUGUAAGUCGGCCCCUGCCACCGGAGGUGUGAAGAAACCUCAUCGUUACAGGCCCAGUACCGUGGCUCUGCGUGAGAUCCGUCGUUAUCCGUCGUUUGAGACCCGCACGUUGUCGUUCAAACACCUUGUUCGUGAGAUUGCAAAAGACUUCAAGACCGACUUGCGGUUCCAGAGCUCUGCCGUAAUGACUCUGCAGAAGUCUUGCGUCAUGGUUCUGUAUGAGGCAUACCUCGUGGGUCUGCUUGAGGACAUCAGCCUAUGCCCCUUCAACGCCAAGCGUUUGACGAUUAUGCCCAAGGACAUCCAGUUGGCAAGAUGUAUCCGUGGAGAGCGUGCCUAAGCGAGCUCACUUCUCAUCUGGUUCAUCCAGCGAAAAACAGCGAUCACCGGCCCACGAAACGAACGGUCCUUUUCAGGACCAAACCGAGUUCCCUAUUGAUGCUGUUACUUUGCUGAGUUAUGUGUUGUUGUCCCCCGCCCCACCCCACCUCUGUGUGUGUAUUGAUUAUUGUUGUUGUUGUUGUUGGUUGUGCCUCCUUAAAUAUAUAAAGCGCAAACCGCUGGCAGAGGCAGGUACAGAAUGAGAGUGAGACCCGCUGCCCCUCUGUGUGUUGCCGCGUGUCAACUCGUGUGCUCCCUUGUGCUGUCGUGGGUCCCUUCCUCCGUGUGGUCAGUCGUGAUAUGGAUACGGGUAGGGUUUGUUGAUAUUUUCUUGCUCCGGUUGGGAUGUGUUGCGUUGCUUUGUGAUUGUUGUGUCGUGGCAGUGAUUUGUUAUUGAUGACGAUCUGAUUGGUUGUUCCCCGUAAUUACUAAUAACAUGAUUAGAAUUAGAAGUUAACUGUCUGCUUCUCUAUCUCCGUCUCUCCUUUUUCCUUUUACAAGUCUACAGUGCAGUGGAGAAACACGGACAGAUGCACAGGGUGAUAUAGUAAUAGUCCUAAUGCAUACAGAGCAGUUGUGUGCUGUAUGUUUGUUCACAACAAUAGAGUUGAUGUUGGUGGCGGGCUGGGGGUGAAGGAUAGGCGUACAAGUGUGAGCAUGGGCUAUGGGUAGUCAAUUAGUGCGUAUGUGUGUGCAUGCACGUGUAUCUCUCUCAUUGUGUGUGUGUGUGUGUACACAAACAGAGUUGUUGGUAGCAGACAAGGGCUGUCGAAUGACCGUUAGUAGGGGUGAAAAUCACAAAGACUUAACAGUAAGAGAGUGCGUGUGCACGCACGAGUGUUUAUGAGUCACUCUCUCUCACUCACGCUCUCUCUCUCUCUCUCUCUCUCUCUCUCUCUCUCUCUCUCUCUCUCUCUCUGUGUGUGUGUGUGUGUGUGUGUGUGUGUGUGUGUGUGUUUACAUAAAUAGAGUUGAUCUUGUUGGCGGGCAAGAUUGUCCGGCGGUAAGGGUGAGAAACAAAAAGACUUAACAGGAAAGAGGUGAGUGCGUUGGUGUUC